CGCGAAAGCUCGCUGAUCCAAGUUCAUGGCGAACGAAUCUUCCGGUGUGCGGAAACUAUUUCAAAUUCUCAUCUCUUUGGCGAUUCAAAGAUGCCGGCUAUCUGGGAUCCUCUGCAGAUUGACGAUAUCGCUGAAAUGCUUCCGCGAGUUGGAAACCCCAUGCGUCCGUAUCUCGAUUUCGGACACGGGAGUUGGAAGCUGCUUGGAUGAGUUUCGAACAAUGGACUUUGGAGCUCAUCUUGUUCAAUGGGAUAAAUGGGAUGGAUUGCUUUUCAUCACUACAACAAGCAUCAAUGAAAAAGAUAUUCAUCACUACCGAUUAAAUUUACAAGAAGCAGUCUCUUCGAAGGUGAGGUUAAAAAGGCUUCCUUCCACAUCUAAACAUUUUGGCACCUUCAGUGGGACAGAGGUAUAUUUUUCAACUGAUGAAGACAAUAUUGAUGAGCUUGUGACAUGGGUUGUUCACUUUGUUCAAAAGAUGCUUGUGUUAAAAGUUCAGGAUAUUUUGGUUGAUCUUUCAAUUCAAAAUAUAGAUAAUCAGAGUUCUAGGCAUGAACAUUUUCUUCUGAAAACUGAAGAUCCUUUUUCUGCUUCUGGCCCACUUUUUGCUUCAAGUGUUGAAUCCAUGACUUCUGGCCUUGAAGACUAUAUUCUUAAGCAUAGAGGCAGUGAGGAAAUAGCUUGCUCUGUUAGAGGAGAAGAUAUGAAGGUUGGAAUGGGACAUGCAAGCCGUUUAAGAACUGCUAGAAAUGCGGGACAAGUUUUUGACGUGGCAAUUGUGAUAGUACCGGCAACGACAGUGCCUUGUUGUUCAAGGGCAAGUUCUCAAACCACAGAGGUGCUGUACUACCAAAAUUUUUCACCCACUUCAAUCUCCAAGUUUGCUUUGAGUUCAUUGGAAGGCAUAAAAUGGCAAGCUUAUGGUUUGAAAUUGAAGGAGAUUGUAGUUGACGGAGAUGGUCAGGCUGUGCUUCAGUGGGAGGAUUUACCAUUAGCUCACAUUGACAUUGCUAUUCAUAGCUUCUUCAUGAAUUGUCCUUCUCCAGAAGAUCAUCUUAAUGGCACGGUACUGCCAACAAGCCAAGAGACAACGGAUAUGAAGCUUCUCAGAAAAGCAGUUAAGACUGCACUUGAUGAUUUGAAGAACAAAUAUACAGAGCUUUUCCUCAGCUCGCAUUCUCGAAAGAUCCAGAAGCAUGCACCAGACCUUUCAAGAUCCAUUGCCAGUCUCAUAGCCUCAUCCAACGAUCAGGAAUUCCAAGCUGAAUGUGCAUCUCUUCUGGGCCUAAACUCAAAGGAUUCUGACACAAAGAUGUUACAGAUUUGCAUCCAAGAAAAGCUCAUGAAAAUUAUAAGCAUGAAUGAUUUGAAAAAGGGCAAGGGCGCGGGCGCGGCGGAUUUGGCUCCCAACCUCUUUGAAUGUGAGCCUUUGGAUUUGCAUCCAAGAAAAGCUCAUGAAAAUUAUAAGUAUGAAUGA